AUGUCUUCUACCGUCACAGAACUCAGCAAAACUCCUGCUACUGGCCCUGUGAGUCUGCCCGGCCCUCAGUUAACCAAACCUCCCAAGGAGCAAGAGCAGUUCGUCUACUUCUCCUAUGAGGGCGCCUUUACCGGCAGGCGGAGCAUCUCCCUCACAUCUGGGGAGGACCAACCAUUCACAUCCAUACCCACGAUUGACAUCAGCCUCCUCUUCUCCCCAAUCGUAGAGGAACGCGCUGCCAUCGCUCGGGAACUGGCAGACGCCUGCGAACACGUGGGAUUCUCGUACAUUACUGGGCAUGGUGUUGCCUCUCCCUUGAUCGAGAGGACGUUCGAAACGACGAGGAAAUAUUUCGAUUUGCCGCUGGAGAGGAAAAUGCGGAAUUGGAUUUAUGGGAGUGGGCAUCUGAGAGGGUACGAGCCUGUGCAUGGAGCAAGGGUGGAUCCGUCUAAGAAACUUGGCGCAGAUAGAAACGAGGGGUUCUUGAUGGGCUACGAGCCUUCGCUCGACCCUUCUCCCCCUAAGCUCACCGAAGAGCAAGAAAAGAAACUCAAAGAAUGGACCAACAACUUUCCCCCCGAACCGGAGUUGGCGUGGUUCCAGCGCGACCUGAAGGCGUACCACUCUGAGCUGCUUGGGCUAUCCCGCAGGCUCAUGCGCGCGUUUGCACUCGCGCUCGGGGUGGGAGAGGCGUGGUUUGACGAGAGGGGGGAGAUGGACAGGCCGAAUACGGCUAUGAAGGUUAUCCAUUAUCCGCCGCAGGAGGUGGAUGACGGAAGCGAGACGGGUAUCGGGGCGCAUACAGAUUUCAGCUGCUUCACACUGCUGCAGACUUCGGCACCUGGUCUGGAAGUUCUGAACCCCAAAGGCAGGUGGGUGCCCGCACCGCCUAAGGAAGGCGCAUAUAUCAUGAAUGUCGGUGAUUUCUUGAUGCGGAUGAGCAACGGGCGGUUCCAGAGCACAGUACAUCGGGUCCGGAACCUGGGAGGGGAGGAAAGGUACUCGAUACCUUUCUUCUUUAAUACGAAUCUUGAUGCACCGGUUCAAGUACGUCUUCGUGAGAUAAGGUUGACAGUGUGGGUGAUUAGGCUUUCAGGUGCUUCCAACGUGUCAGUCGCCUGGGGAUCCAGCGAAGUUCCCAAACCAGAUGGUUGA